ACAACUGUCGUGCGCGCAACAUGUAUGGAAGAUCGUUCGCGAAUCCGGUGUGUUGGAAAUCGAAUUAACGAAAAACCGUGAAAGAAGUUAGUAUUUAAUGCACUUCGAAUUAUCUUAAUUUUUGUUGCACAAAUACAAUCGAUAUAAAUUCUAGAUAUUAGCAUCAAAAUUAACUUUCCGCUAAAAUAAGAUCCAAGAAUUCUUUCCCGUGAAAAAGAAAUUAUUUUUUUUCCUGAAGCUUGCGAGUGCAUAAUGCUUGCAAUAAAUAAUUAAGAAUUUUUGCACGGAGAUUACAGUUGAAUUUGAAUGUAACAGCUGAAAGAUGAUUGUGAUAAAUUGAAUUUCGGUUGUAUAUAUAAAUAUAUUUAAUUAGAUAUAUAUAAGAAACUGGGAGAAAGAGAGGGAAAAGACAAAUUAAUGGCCGUAAUAUUGAUACAAACGUCAGAAAUUGUUUAAAUGAUCGUAUGAAGAAUCAGGAAACAGAAAAGGAAGCGGAAGAUGUUUCUACUCAGGGUGAUCGUGAUGUUGAUCGCAUGCUGGAUCGUCAAGUGCGAUCUGCUAGAUCUCUAUGUCCAGCACAUGGACGAGACUAUGAGGACGAAGUUGUACAAUAACAAGCGGCAUUCCAUGUAUCCCGUUUCCAGAAGGAUAAAGAGGAGUCCCGAAAAUGAAGAACUCCUCAAGAUUGAUAAACAACUAUUGGAUGUUGAUCAGGAAUGGAUUCCUUAUCAAAACGACGUUUUGAACCAUCCGAAUAAACUAGAGGAAAAUCACGAUCCUGAUCAAUAUGAAAUGCUCUUAGGUGCGCAGGAUUCGAAACAGGAUUCGUUUCCUGAGGAAACGACAAUAAUUUGUGAAACCAAAAAUUCACAAUUACCGAUCAAAAAAAGAAUCGAGAUUGUGAAAUCAACAUCUAAUAUCAUUAAAGAUGAAAUAGAAUCGAAUAUUUCGCAUUAUGCGAUCAAAGAACAAAAAGAAGAGUUAAAGGACGAACUUCCAAUCGUUCUAAAGAAUCAGACCAAUGGCGAAAAAUUCGUCAUCCAACCUCUAGAAUUGGAAGAAAUGUCUGUGAAAGAAUGGAAGAAUUCUAAAGAGAUGGGGGAUGAAGAGAAUUCUCAGUUUGAAAUCAUCAACGAGAACGAACAAAUCGAUCCAAAGUUAAUCGAUAAUUCAAGUUUCAAAAGGAUGCCGAAAUUAUGGGAAAAUCGGAUACCGAAAAAGUAUUUUCCUCCUGUUGAAAAAUCGGGCAAGCCUCACAUCCAAAAAGACAAGCUGAAGAUGAGAUUUAAAAGAAGUGCGAAAGAAGAUGGAGUUAAUCGAAGAAGAUUUAAUAACAGAGUGCCAAAGUUCAUCAGGUACGAGAAGCUCGACGAGGACGGUGAUGUGAUCCUCGAAUGGGAUCCCUCGGACAACAAGGAAGUAAUAUUCAGGGUCACUGCCAAGACCUUGGGCUACGUAGGCAUUGGUUUCAACGAGAAGAGCCAUAUGAUGGGAGCCGACAUCUUACUCGCCUGGAUAGACGAUCACACUGGCGUUGUCAAUCUAUUGGAUUCGCACGGUAUUGAGAUGAAGGCUGCACCAGUUGUCGACAUAUCACAGGACGUCCGAGUACUCGGUGGCUCGCAAAACGACAGCCACACCAUGGUGAUAUUUGCUAGGAAGUGGCAGACAUGUGAUCCUCAAGAUCAUCAUCUUACGGAGGACACUGUCAGAGUGCUGUGGGCUCUACAUCCAACCGAUCCAGAAUUAAACACGGCGGUAUGGCACGAGAAUAGACGAGGUGGAAAGGCUCUAAGGUUGAAGACAGCUGCGGCACAUUCGCCACCGCGAGAAUUUCAGGAUGUACGACACUGGGACGUGAAACUUAACCAGUUUGAGGUGGAGGACACGGACACCGUUUACUGGUGCAAGAUCUUCAAGACCUCCUCGCUGAAAGAGAAACACCACAUGAUAGGGUACACACCGCUCGUGGAAAAGGCCAACGAGGAUCUAGUCCAUCACGUUAUCCUGUACGAGUGCACAUCGACGUCGCCGAUCCUUGGCGAACACGCCAGGAUCGCGGGUGCCAAAUGUUACAGCCCGACAAUGCCGCGAGCAUGGGAUUCGUGUCUGCAGCCUAUCCUCGCUUGGGCUCGUGGCAGUAAAGGGGAAUGGCUGCCGGAACACGUCGGCAUACCUGUAGCGGAACACGGCGAGAGCUCGUAUUAUAUGCUAGAAGUCCACUAUAAUAAUCCAAGUAUGAAGAGAGUGAUCGACAGCAGCGGCAUAAGAAUCUACUUGACUCCGAAACUUCGUCCUCAGGAGGCGAGCAUCCUCGUAACCGGCGUGGCAGUCAGCCCUCUUCAUGUAGUGCCUCCGAAGCAAAAAGAAUACGCCACCGCGGGAUACUGCACUCCACAUUGCACCAAAACGAUGUUUCCCGAAGAUGGUAUCAAUAUCGUAUCGGUUGUUCUGCAUUCACAUUUAGCCGGACGUCGUCUCAGCUUAAAGCACAUUCGACGAGGUAAAGAAUUGCCGAGGAUAGUCCAGGACAAUCAUUUUGAUUUUGACUACCAGCAGUCUCAUACGUUAGAGAAGGAAGUGAAAGUGUUACCUGGGGAUGAACUCGUCGCGGAAUGCGUUUAUGGCACUUUGAACAGAUCAAAACCGACCUUAGGCGGGUACGCAGCUACCCAAGAGAUGUGCCUGGCGUUCAUUGUACAUUAUCCCAGGACACAGCUCGCCGGUUGCUACAGCGUGACACCCGUCAAGGAUCUUUUCAAGACCCUCGGCGUGCAUAGCUUCAAAGGGAUAACGAUGGAUUACUUGGAAAAGCUAUUCUUGAUGAAUGGAACUGUUUUGACUCUACCUUCGACCAACCUGCAACAGCUUUCCGCUUAUCCGGUCACAAAACCAACAGAUGAGAUCGACAAGGUUCUUGUUAAGCAAGCUGAAUCCGCGUUAAGAGCGAUGAAAGAUUAUACGGAAGAUAGCGAGGACGAUAUCUUUGCGCGACUCAUUAUCGAGGACCCCGAAGAAUUUCGAAAUCGCACUAUGGCUGAACAUAUGCUGGCUUUACCAUGGACAGAUGAAUUGCUUGCAGGAGCAAUAGAAAAGAGUCUUUAUCAUGGCAGACACAUGACAUUCUGCAGAACAAGGAAAGACGAGUUGGCACUGCCGGCAGAAAUUCAGAUCUUCCCGAAUUACACGGCACUACCGGAAAUGAACGACACGACUUGCGAAUUUAAGACAAACGGCUCCUCUGGAAGCUUUUCUCAUAUCCUCGUGAUAAACCUGGUCACUAUCAUCAUCGUAUCGAUCGUUACGUUGUAAGAUAUCCGCGAGCAAAUAGUCAAACACAGUUAACGAUAAGUGUUGCAAGACGAAUGCAUUCUCACUAUAUCGAUUGCACGAAUAUGAUGCGAACGGCUUUCUACGUCAUGAAUGUUUCCUGUACAUUUCCGAAUUUACGAAAGGAGGCCAAUUAAUUUAUUAAUUUAAGCGAUCUUAUCUUGUAUAUUGAACGGUUUCCGACCACUCAAAACUGAUCGGCAAGUUCCUAAAAUACUAGGUCGCUGGUCAAUUCCUCUUCAUAAGGGGACGACAGAAUUUUUAAAAAUUAUCGUCGAUCUAGCACACACUAUAAACUAUAUAUAUAUGUGUAGAAAUAU